UAUUUGUUAGAUACAUAAGAAGUCAACAUGACGGUGUCUAAUUGUUUAAUACCAUUGGUAAUAAUUUUAUCAAUUCUAUGCGUUCCAUCUCAUGCAAAUGUUUUGAGACAAAGGCCAAAUGAUUGGCCAACUUACCAACAUGAAGCUUCCACUACAUAUCGAGUUCAGUUAUGCUUCAAAUGCCCUCCAGGAUUUUUCAUGGUUGAACAAUGUGAAUUUACAAGAGAUACUUCGAAAAAUCCAGGACAAUCAGUGUGUCUUCCUUGUCCUUCAGGACAGUUUUCUCAAAGAUGGAAUACGGAUGGACAUUGUUGGGAUCAUGACACUUGUUCAAACGACCAGGACCAAAUAUAUAGUGGAGGAAGCACAGGACCGACUAAGUGUGUUUGUGGGCCUUCAAAGUUGGUCGAAAAUGGAAGAUGCAUUGAUGGAAUUUCAAAGACGAAACAUGAUUCACUGAUGAAUAAACAAAAGAUGGAAUAUCUUGUGAAAUUGAACGAACAAUCUUUAAGGCAUCUCCGAGCGAUCAGUACUAAAACAACAACGACAACAACUAUGAAAGCCAUUACCGAAGGAACAACAGUGGAAGCUCCACUUGAAGUUCCUUGUAGAAGAGAUGAUGGUAUAUCGUUAUCUGAAAUUGAAGUGUCACCCGCAGUUAAAGAAGAAUCAAACUCUUCCACAGUUCUGUUUGUGGUUUUAUGUGUGGCACUAAUAAUAAUCAUUACAAUAUUAACUGUUAUGUUAACAUUCAAGCACAAACAAUGUAAUGAGUUACAAAAGGACGGUGAGAAAAAGCUUCUGGACAAAGGUGCAUACCAGAAAGUAUCUGAGGGAUCCCGGGGUUCCGAUUCUCGUGAAGAUAUUACCCCAACAGAUUCAAAGACAAGUGUUCAAAAAUCUGCAAAGAAGAUUGAACAUAUUAUUGAAGGAGAUUUAAAAGUUGAAGAUGAAAUUUCUCCAAAAAACAAAACGAAUGAAGAACAAGGAGAGACGAAGCAUCUUGACAUUGUUGAUGGACUUCCAAAUUUGAUGGGAAAAGCAGAUCGAGAGCAAGCCCAGGAUACAAAUGUUGUACGUGGCGUGGAUGUGAAAGAUAAAUGGGACGAAGUUUCUCGUAUCUUUGAACAUCGAAUUUUGACAAAAGAUGACCGUUAUCUCUUAUCACGUCAUGUUUUGCAACUUCACACAGAUAUUCUCAACAAAAUUAAUAAUAUGGGUAUUGACCGAGCAGCAAAAAUUCGAGAAGCUGUAAAAUGGUUCAAGGAAUCCAAACCUGUUGAUGCCACCCUUUUCAAUGUUCUGGCUUCAUUACGUCGACAUAAUUUCAACAGGAUUGCUGAUGAGAUAGUACAAGAACUAGGAUUCACUGAAAACAAAGAAAAUCACAAGAUUGAUAGACUGGAUCGGGCAUUUGCUAUUGUUGAGUGGAAAAUGCCACCAGAAAGAGCUCGGAACUUUUGUGUAGAGUAUUUGAAGCUGAAUCAGACGCAGAUAAAGAAAAUAGAACAAGGUAAAUCAAAUCUGUACAUGAGAGAUGGACUUGCCUUAUGGCGAAGCCAAAAUAUCAAACCUGCAACUCUUGAAGACUUACUUGAAUAUUUGGUUGAAUCAAAUAAUGCUGAUAUCGCUGAUAUAAUUUGCAAGGAAUUUGGAAUGGAAUGGACUGAAGCCAUGAAGAAUGCGAGGAUUAUUGCAGUGGAACAUCACCAUGCUGAAGAGUCACAAAAAGAUAAUAAAGCCGGUCCUAUUCAUGACGGAAUUACAAUCAGUGGACCGACUCGUGAAACAGCUGACCCUCGCCCUCCCUCGACUGAUACAGUAGUGCCACCCCAAGGAGAAGCUGCCGAUGGAUUUCGUUAUCCCGAACCGAUCGCUGGACCAAGUACUGAACCUAAUGAUAAUGGGGCAGUUAGAGAGACUGUCCAAUCUCUGCAACCCCAUGGUGGUACUGGAGCGCAACCAGAAAUUGGGGCUUCUGGGGGACUACCGUUCCCCGAACCCGUCUCUGGACCAAUUACUGAACCCAAUUAUAAUGGGGCAGUUGAAGAGACCGUCCAACCUCGGCAACCGCUGGAUGAUACGGAAGUGCCACCCCAGAGUCGAGCUUUCGAUAGACCCCAUUGUUCAGAAUCGAUCCCUGGACCAAGUACUGAUCCGAAUGAUGGUGGGGCAGGGGAGGCACAAGGAGGACGACUGAUGCCUGACUCAGCGGCUAAAUCAGAAGAUGAUAAAGAAAUUAUGGAUAUUGAUGUAGAUGAUGAUAAACCUGAUCAUGGAGGUAAAGCCAGUGUGGAGGAUGAAAGUUAUGGACAAAAUGAUUCAUUUGAAGAACACAAAAAAACGUCAAAAUCAUCUGGAGCAAGGCCGAUAGUUGACGAACACGAAGAAGAAUCAUCCACAAAUUCUGAAUAAAGAAUAAUGACUACAAUGAGAUGAUAUUCGAUGAUUGAAGUUAUCUUUGAAGACUCUUCAAUGAUCAGGAUUUCUGCCCAGAUUUGGUAUACUCUCGUGAUGUUAUUGCGAUGUAUGGGAGGCAACAGCGACACUCAUAUGUUCCUCGAAAGCAUUGAUUUUUCCGUCUCUACUAUAAAAAGUAAAUUCAUAUCCAGACAUUUAUACCAAAUCAUUUCUUGGUUGGAGUGAAAUAAUUGCUGAAUUUCUCACUAUAACAUGGUGGUUCAUGUAAAUGCUAGCUGGUUACAACUUCUUCAACCAUCCAAAUCUUUGCAUCUGGAUUAAUCAACAACUCCUAUACCCAAAUAAACUGACAAUUGAUCUCGCUAUUCAUUGGCCAGCUUCUUUCUCCUUUAUAAUGAAAGAAAAAUCCUUUAUCAGAAUAAGAGCUUUUUUUUUCAAGUGAGGGGAAAGGUGAUAUUAUCCUAUAUGAGUUAAUUAGUACCGGUAAUUAACUACACCCCAAACAAAUAUUGAUAAAAAAAAACACAAUUCCAACUUUUAAUCUUUUUUUGUUCAAUACAUCUUCAUAUAGUAAUUCAAUAUAAGUUCAAGUACUUACCAUUACUACUAUUUUUUGCAUUAUGGUGCAUCUAGUGCAUAUAGACAUCAAAUACUUGUAAAUAUCUUUUUAUAGUUGUUUUUGUUUUUUAUUUACCUUAACAGCUUCCUUCAUUAUGUAUUUCAACAUUUUAUCAAAUCUUGUAAAAUUUUGGUGCUUUUUCUUUUUUGUCUGGCUACGCAACUGUUUUGUUUUUAUUUUCUCUUAUUUUGAUUUAGUUUUUUUCAUAUUACUCUAUAAUUCGUAAUACUCUCAUUUUUCAUGUUUUGUGUUACUCGAUUUGAAUCAUAAUCCAUUAGAAGAGAUGAAUUUUAUUGAUUUUUUCCCUUAUUUUAUUUGUCUUGAUGAUGAUGAUUUAUUUUUAAUUUUGUAAUGUUCUAUUUCAAUACAAUAUGUAUAAUUAGACAAAGAUUUUCUAUUCGUUUUGAAAGGAUUCAGAUAUAUUGUAGGUUGCCAUCAACAUCAUUGUUGCGAUUGGAUUUGUAGUACGGUUACUCACUAAUGACACAGUCUCGUGUCCUUCAUUUGUUGGGGUCACAUGUAGUUAUGAGGUGUUUCUACUCCACGCAAGUCUUUAGACGACCAAUACUGAUUCAUCAUUUCCUACCCAAGUUAUUACCCUCUGGAUAAGGUGGUUGAACCAAACAUCUCCGAACCUGUGAUGAAGGAUCUGGAUGACUGUCACCAGAAGAAUAAAAGCUUCAUUUACUACCAUCAUGGUGUAUGUCUUUCAGGAUACAUGGAUAGCGAUAAUUUUCUUCAAUCUUUGAAGCAGGCCUUCGCCACUGCAACCUCUACGACAUGGUGAGCCUGCAAUACAAUAAACCUCAUCUGAAUUGUAAGGGAUUAACCGCUUUUCAAAAUACUUUCUCGCACUCAUAAAAUUUUAGAAAUUUCUGUAAUUUUUUUUUUAUAUUCAAAACAUCACAUUUAUAUAGACACAAUAAUACAAAAAUAUCAAUGCACUUGAAAAAACGAGCUUAUGAUAAUUUUCCACUUCUUCAUAUGGAUUGACAGUUCACCAUUUCUAGUUGCAUUGAUCUUUUCACAGUUAAUAAUGUUUUUUAUUAUAUAUAAAAAUCGAGGCCUCAUUACAAAGUUUACAUUUGUAUAUGAAAUAUCUGGCACAUAAUAAAACACAAUUUAUACCUUGGUUUUGCCCUACCCCUAAUAAAAUUUCUCUGUGUCAAAUUGUGGUUUAAUCUAUACUUCAACAGUUAGCCAUGCAUUGACUCUUUUCCAAAAUUCACAGAAAUAAAAUGAGAGUAACACAGUUUCCACAUACAUAUCCCAAAAGUACACUUUGGACAUGGUGUCUUAUUUAUUCCAUAUAGCAGGUCAUUUGUGCGCACUGCUCACAAAGGAAAUUUAACAUGGUAGGAGCGGAGUUUCGAUUAUUAGAGCAAUAAAAAACUUUUUCAUACAGUGCCAACCAAUUAUCCAAGUUCCUGUAACGUACUACUUCUUCUUGGCUAAACCUUCCAUCUUACCGUAUAUUCUGUACGUUUCAAACCCUAUCUAAGGGUUUGU